UUUUUUAAACGUUCCAAAAAUGGAAAGAAAAAGACAUAUCCAAUGGAAAGUUAUGAGUUUUGCUAUUUCCACGGCUUAAAGAAAAUCAAACCAAAAAAUCAACUUAAUUAUCCUGAAUUAAAAGAAAGAUUCGAGACGAAAACAAUGGAAUUUAAUAGAGUAAAAAGCCACACCUCUAUUGCUGAAGAAUUUCCUACUGAUCCCAUACAAAGAAAUAGUAUAAAUGCAAUACGUAGAUUCCACGACUUAAAAUCUAGUGUUUACAGCAAUGAGCUAUCUGAUCGAAAUACAUCAAUUACGAAUUCUCUUACACAAAGCCUAGAACAUCUAGAAAAGCAAACCACUAAUAAAUCAAUGAAAAAUGGUCUAAAUAACACGAAAAUUUCGUGUAACAGUUCUUGCCACGAUAACUUCUCCGAUGUUUCAGUGGAAUCGAAUUUGUCCUGCAAUAUACAAAAUAGGAAAACAUUCUAUAGAGAUGACGAAUCGUUUAAUUCUGAAAGUUCUCAAUAUUCUAAUCAUCGUAUUGCGGCUGAAUACACUUGCUACGAACCUCUUCCACCUUAUAUAGAUGAUGAUGAUUACAUUCAAGAAGUAUGGAGUAAAACGCCCAGCAUAUCGAAUCAACUCCAUCUUCGGCAAAGGAAUUUAUUUAAUAGAAACCAUUCUAAGUCUGAUUAUAGUAAUUAUACACCUUCAUCGAGAUGGAAGAAUUCUCCGGAGUUUAUUUCCAUCAAAAAUUCCUUUUCGGGUAGCGUGAAAUCGACUUUAAUCUCUGGAUCGGAUUGCAGUUCAUCCAACGUAACACCAAACGAAGGUUACAGGAAUGUAAACAGAUACCAGCAUAAAUUAAGCGAUAAAAAUGUUCACAAAGAUCGUAAUAAAGUGAUUUUAGAUGAUGAAAAUAUUGUUAAUGACAACUACGAACACGAAGUUGUCAUGAACAGGUCAUUACUAAUUGAUUUACACGACGAUCGCCUACGCAAAUUCAGAAUGGAAUUUAAAGUUACAGAUUAUGAUUCCGGUCAUUUAACAUCAUUUAUAGAGAUGAAUGAGUGUGUUCUCAGUUUAAAAGUGGAAAAAACAAUCGUCAGUGAUUUAACCGAUGAGAAAUGCUACACUAAAUUGGAAGUAGCUAUGGUUUCUGAUAUGGACAAAUCAAAUAAACACGGAUUUAAAAGAGAAAGAGUAACUCGAUUAACUGAGAAUGCUUUAAAUGAAUUAAUUGAAAAGCUUUUAACCAUACAAACAAACAGUAGAAUGAAAGAACGAGUAGAAAAAGCAAUUAAAGAAAAGAUACAGAAGUGUAAUGCUAUGCUUUGAACAGAAUUUUCGCUUUUAUAAAGAAGAAACUAUCUUCUUUAGACUAGUUAAAUAAUACUCUAUGGUAAUUUAAUAAAGUAAAUUAUUUAGUAAAGCUUUUAAAUUUUUAGAAAGUUUUUAAAUAAUAAUAAAUUUUAAAU